CCAAGGGACUCUGAGGAUGAUUACAUUUCUGUCAAACAGUUAGACGGAUGUUGGUCAUACAUCGGGCAGGUAAUUUCCAAUGGACAGGAACUCUCCAUUGGAAGAGGCUGUGGUUCCAUUGCCAUUGUUGAACAUGAGUUCCUUCAUGCUCUUGGCUUCUACCAUGAACAGUCCAGAUAUGACAGAAAUGAUUAUGUGACGAUUCAAUUUGAAAACAUCCUAGAAGAUAAAAAGAACAACUUUAGAAUAGUUGGCAGUAAUGAGAGCACCACCCACGGAGUCCCAUAUGACUAUUUGUCAGUGAUGCACUAUGCCAAAGAUGCUUUCACCAAUGGCAAUGGAUCUACAAUUAUCACCAAAGACCCUAAUUUCCAGAAUCUGAUUGGUCAACGAUUGGAAAUGAGCGCUAGUGAUGUUCAGGAGCUGAAUCUACUCUACAAAUGCAACUCAUCCAUUGCCUUUAAGAUGUACUGUGGCUUUACCAAUGGGACCAUGUGUCAGAUGAACCGCUGUUCAAAGAGUGGCAAUGGUUGGGAAAUGGUAACAGGUGUUUAUGGGGGUCCCAGCUCUGACCACACCAAUCUGCCCAAUGGAAAUGGUAAUCAAGGUCAGGAUGCAGGUUACUUCAUGUAUGCUAGCACAGAAUCAGUUCAGGAGGGUGACUCAGCCUGGCUGGAGACAAAGAGGAUGAGUCCUCAGAGGGAGUGUCAUGUCCAGUGUCUGCAGUUCUACUAUUACCACAAUGGGAGCAAGUCAGAUGAACUUAACAUCUGGAUCAGAGAGUUUCAAGAUGAACGGGACUCCACAGGAACACUCUACCUCAUGGAC